GGGGCUCGGCAUCAACUCGCAGCACCUUUUUCUUUCUUGAGGCGCCCCGUGCGUGCUCCCGCAAAGUGGCUGCUUUCUUGGUACUCGGCUCCCCGGCCCUGCACAGCACAGUGCACGAGUUGUCGUUGUCGCUGUCGCAGCAGAGUGGUGGACUCGAGUGCGAGUGGAUCGAUCAUCACUGGCGCCGGGAAUAGAUCCGAGGCUUUAUUAGGAUUUUUAUUUUCUUUCUUUCUUUCUUUCUUUCUUCCCUUUUUUUCGUUUGCAUUCGUGCGCGCUCUUGCUCUUUCCGCCUCCGGGUGGGGAUCUUAUUGUCCUCAGCGCAUUUGUUUUGUUUCGCAGUUGUCGUGGCUCUGGUGCUCCGCGGAACCACCAGGCAUCUGUUUCGUUGCGGUUUCUGUGUCCGAUAUCACGUUUUGGUAGGAAUUCCGGGUGAGGGAGGGCAGGGGAGCGAGCCAGUGAGUGACUCACGAUAGGAGAGGGAUCAGGUGCAGUUUGGUCUGUCGAUGUUUAUCAAAACAUUAGCUUGGCUCGGGGCAACCGGAACGAGGGAGCGCAAGGUAGUAGGCCAGGACAUUUAGACUGUCAGUUUUAGUCUUCUACUUGUUAGGGUAGUUCGCACGAGGAUCUGCGAAGCUAUGUAUGGAGGUGAUGAGUCCGGAGGGCAUUAUGCGAGUCGGCUUCCGAAGCACCCUCGGCUCUCGCGAAUGCAAGGCAUCGCAGAGCAAAUGAACGGGGACAUGCACCGAGGCGGAAAGCAACCUCGGCCAUUAGAAGAUGGGAAUUGGAUUUGUGAAGACUCCAGUUGUGCAAACGUCAAUUACCCACGGCGGACGGAGUGUAAUAAAUGUGGGAAAAGGCGAGGGGCAAUUGGGGAUGCAGUGGUGAAGGCCUACAUAGAAAGCAUAAAAAUAGCCCGUGGAGAACUGGCGCCUUCUCCUCAAUUGCAGGUUUCCGGGGGCCCCGAGCGAUUGGGUAUGGCCCGAGGUAUGAUGCCACAUAACGGUUCUGAUGUCUCACCACAGCAGCCGGGGAUUUCGAUAUCUCCUGGGUCAUCAAACCUUGUAGGCGAGCUUGAGCCUUGGAUGGGUGGCGGGUAUGAGCAGCCAGUUCCGUCGUUCGCCUCUCAGUAUGUGACAGGAGAUGGGGGCUUGUCGGGCCGCAGGUCUACCCUGAGUGCGGCUACGGAAGGAAAGCGCCUGGCAGAGCAGCUAGUGGCUUCCUUUGCCGCGUCGUCUGAUCCAGUAGGGGAUGCCGGUGAAUGUCUGGCUUCUGCUGCACUUUGGCUACAGACUAUGAAGUCCCGGAUGCAGACGGGAGAUUCGGGCGCUCUCUCUACAUCGUCUUUAGCAUCCCCUAUAAUGGGCGAUGCUAACUCACUGGCUUUAGGCGGCUCUCUCGUUGGAAUGAAUGGAGGUGUGGCUAUGUUAUCUCAAUCACCACUGAGUGCGUCAAGCAUUGGGGGUUCAAGUGCUGGCCUGGGAAACUUGGUUAUUAAUUCUGGAGCCUGCGGAAUGGGGUCUUCGUUGAUUGGCAACUACUUACCACGUGUCAAUCCACCAAGUACCAACAUGCCUCCAGGUCCAAGAGCAAUGUUACCCCGUACUUUACGUUAUGAAGACUACAAAGACCGUCCCAGUGAUUAUCUAAGGAAGUGUUGGUUUUAACGACAUAACUCUUUGGAGCGUUGAGAAGUUGGAGUUUGGUGAUCCAGCAGCUGUGUCUGCCACGGCAAUGGGGGGUGGACAUAGACCGGAGCCCGGAGUUUAUGGGAACUGGGAGUGUGAGGAAUGUAAAAACGUAAAUUUUCCUAGAAGGACGAACUGCUUUCAAUGUCACAAACGGCGGGGUCCAAAGGGAGAAGAGAUUGUGCGGAAGUAUGUACGGGGCUUGAUCGAGGAGGCAAACAGAGUUUGAAAGAGAGGAUUUUUUUUCUUUUAGGUAGUUUUGUAUUUAACAGGAAGUGUCCGACUUGAAUUUGUGUUCAUGGGAGUGAAGAGAAAGGCGUAUACUCGGUGUGUGGUUGAACCUGGGUUUGAAACCGAAAGCAUGUGUAUGACCACUGUGCCACCCAGUACGUGGUACUCAAGUUGACAAGUUUGACCAAAGCUGGUGCGUAUGUCCUCUGAUCAUCUUCCGCAGGGAAUGGUUACCAGAAUAGUUUUGAACACAGGUCUCAGAAUAUCAGCAACUAAGCUGCAUACGUGGUGGACGAAUGUGCUGAUUGACUCUGGAAGUCAUCUCUUCUUUUUUUGAGCCCAACACCAAUUUAGGUAGCGUCAAAGCUUAAGUAGAGUCAGUAGAAAGUUUUUGUACAGCGACAUUCACAAGGUGCACAAAGGUCCUUAUUCGAAAAGCAGAGCGAAGUGUUCAGGGCCAAGGGUGUUUAACCCUGGACUGAGCAGCUUAGAAGAAACAUAUUUUCCGACUGUGUAAGCACAGCUAGAUAGACUCGAUAAUGUUCAGGGAUUAUCACCGUCCAAAAUGAUGGUUCUUCCUUCCAGAAGAAACAUCAAAUAUUGUCAUUUAUUUUGGACAGCAAGGAUUGAGCGUCCCCUUCCGAAAGUCACUCUCGACAAAGUGUUCAAUAUUCGUUGAAAUCAUGGGUUUUUCUCAUAGUGAAUAUGAUUGUUGUUGGUGGUGAUUAUA